GUGCGCGUCCUCGAGGAGACAGAACACAUAGAGAGCGCGAGUCUCGCGCGCCUGUGAAACACUCCGCGCACGAGCCGAGUUGAUCGGAGUUUCCGUGGAAACCUUUCACUUCCUGAUCCACAAAACCCACGAAUAAGCCGUUUACCUACUGACGGACAUCUCUGAUACUGACCCGGCGAAUCUUUCCUUUCCGUGAGAAGUUGGAUGGUGAGCGUGGAGGAGUGCAAGAAGAGAGAACCUGCUCGCGACCGGCAAGGAGCUGCGCGUGCAUGCGGACUGCAGGAAUAAGAAUAAGAAGUCGGGGGAAGAAUGAAGCGCUUUUGUGGCGCAUUUUUAGACUUUUAAACACCGAGCACGAGGAGGCUGUGAGGUCUGAUCUCAUCCACGCUUAAGGAGAUGACCGAGUGUGUCUGAACGUCUGCCAUGGCACUAAAGGAGCUCCCUGUACCUGGAGUUAUAAUUACUGCUGCUGCGGUGGUGCUCUGCUUACUUGGUGGAGUCGGAGGUGAGCGGACCACGCUGCGGGCCAAACAGGGAGGUUCGGCGCUGCUGAAUUGCCCCCUCAGUCCUCCGGCGGAGGUUUCCUCGGCUUCGCUGCACGUAGUCGAGUGGGUCCGGCGGGAUUACGACGUUCCCAUCCUUAUGAAGUUCGGCGCACACGCACCACGAGUGCAUCCCAGAUAUGAAGGCCGGGUGUCUCUUUCCGAGGGGACGGCUCUGAGGGUGAUGGAUCUCGUCCUGGAGGAUGAAGGCUGGUACGAGUGUCGCAUCCUUCUGCUGGACAAAUCCUCGGAGGAGACGCGUAACGGCAGCUGGAUGCUGCUCUCGGUCACAGCCCCGCCUGUGUUCAGCGAAACUCCGCCCUCAAUCACCGAAGCCUUCUUCGGCAGACCAAUCACCUUCAAGUGUGUUGCCCAUGGCAACCCAUCUCCUACCAUCGAGUGGUAUAAAGACAGAGUUCUAAUGACCCAGACCAGCGAUGUGAUGGUCCUGAAUGGGAGUCUGACUUUCUCUUCUGUAAGCAGAGAGGCAGCAGGAGGUUACCAGUGCCAAGCCUCUAACAGCGAGGGAAAUGAGAUUCACACCAUGCGGCUCAGGGUCAUAGGUCCUCCCGUCAUCCUGAUUCCCCCGACGGACACCGUCCUUAACAUGUCCCACAACGCCUUGCUGCGGUGCCAGGCCGAGGCCGAUCCUCCCAACAUGACCUACGUGUGGAUGAAAGAAGGAGAGAACGUCUACCACAUAGAAUCUCUGAAGUCUCGUGUGAAAGUGAUGGUCGAUGGCACGCUGCUCAUAUCCGGUUUAAUCCCGGGGGAUUCUGGGAAAUACACCUGCAUGCCCAUGAACGGCCUUCUGACUUCGCCCACUGCCUCGGCCACGCUUACAGUGCAGCACCCUGCGCAGGUGACCCAGAUGCCCGAGUGGAUCUUCCUCCCUACGGGAAUGAGAGGAGUGAUCUCCUGCCCGCUGCUUUCCGAACCGCCGCUGCUUCGAGUGGACUGGACCAAAAACGGAAAAGCGCUGGACCUCGACGCUUACCCAGGAUGGAUCCAGACGGCAGACGGUUCCAUCGUUAUCACCACGGCUAACGACGACGCGCUCGGCGUGUACACCUGCACUCCGUAUAACAGCUACGGGACGAUGGGCCGAUCAGAGAGCACCACCGUCAUCCUGCAGGAUCCUCCAUCUAUCACGCUCGCGCCGCGUAAGGAGUACAGGGCGGAGGCGGGGAGGACGCUGAUUAUUCCCUGCCAGGCGCACGGAGAUCCUCCACCGAAAGUCACGUGGACCAAGCUCAGUCCCUCUGUCUCUCGCCCUCUGUACUCUAUAACAGGGAACGGUUCUCUGCUCCUUCAGUCUCUGAGUAAAGAGCAUUAUGGUGAGUGGGAGUGCAGUGUGACGAACCGAGUCGCCACCAUCACCGCCACCACCACCGUCACAGUGCUCGGUACGAGUCCCCACGCCGUGUCCUCCAUGUCCGUUGAAGUCGGAGUAAACCAGGCCAAUGUGUCCUGGGUGCCUGGAUUUGAUGGAGGAUAUACACAAACUUUCACCGUCUGGUUGAAGUGCGUGUGUGCCGUUGAGGAGCAGCAGGAGUGGCGCUCGGCUCCCGGUCCGUCCUCCAGCUCCAGUGUGUUGGUCGGUGACCUCCUUCCAUCCACCGAGUACCAGUUCAGCGUGAUGGCUCACAACAAGCUGGGCAGCGGCCCAUUCAGUGACAUCACCUCUGCCCGAACCAUGGAUGCACUCCCUGCAUCGUCCAAGCUGGAACCGCCCACGCCGCUAUCCUUCAACCAGAGUUCCGAGGGUGUUUAUCUACGCUGGGCGGUUCCAUCGACUCAGCAGCUACCUGUCGACAGUUUUGUCCUCCAGUCACGUCUUGAGGACGGGGAGUGGUCGACGUUGGAUGAGGACAUCAGUGCGAAUAAGAGUGAAAUGCUUGUUCAGGGAUUGCAAAAGAACUGCAACUACGAGCUAAGACUCCUGUCUCGCCGUGGAGAACAGCUGAGCACGCCGAGUCACUCGAUCAACGUCUCCACUCUGGUCAUGGACAUGCACCCUCCAAGUUCACACCUACCUGGGACAGAGCCUCAGCCACUCUGGGCUGGAGUCAUGAUUGGGAUGGGCGUCCUGUGCCUUUUGCUUCUGAUCAUUUUAGUCACGGUGUGUGUAAUCGGCCGUAAAAGAAACCGGCGACACAGGAAGAUGAUGCGGGGUCACCCCGCUGCUCCGUCCAGGAAAGAUGAGUCAGACCCUGACAGCCCUGACAGUGUACUAAAACAGAAGCUCCUCCCUCUUCGCCCGCUCUCCAGUUCCUCCUCCUCUUCAGACCACUCUUCGGACAAAUCCAAUCGCAACGACUGUCCUGACCAGAAACAGCACCAGCUCCCAUGUACCCAGACCCCUUCCCAGGGCUCAGUACCUCAGAUUCACCUCCAUCGUGCCUCCACCGUGGAGCUCAUUCACCGUGGGCCAGAUGGCCGAUUCAUGCUUGAGCCUUAUGAAGAGUUUGGCACUUUCUAUACCUCUCCAUCCAAGCACGAAAUGUCGAGGCAAGGCUUUUCACGUUCAUCUGAGCGACCUGGUGAUGCCACACUUCGUAAAUCGCAAUCUUUGCGCUCUUACAGGAGUGAAAGAAGGCAUCCUCCUUUCGUCCUGUCCGUGGACAUGCCGUCUUGUGGAUUGGACAUUUCUCCUUCGGGCAGAGCGCAAACGUUGCCCAGAUAUGGCUGCUACUCUGUGUCUCUUGGACAGGAGAUCUCAAAUAGAUCAAGUUUGUCCUCUGAGAUCAGCGGUUCGGUUCUCUACCCACCGUCGGACAACUGUCCGACGCUAAAGCGUGGCGACACUCACUCCACAGCCAGCACGCUUGUUCUACAAAUGGAGCAUGAAAGAGAACAAGGCAAUCUUAGCCGGUGUCUUAGGCUGGCCCAAGAGAGAGAGGAGCUGGAGCGAGAGUUGCGAAAAGAUACAGGCUCAUACUCGCUUAACGAGGUCCAUGCCAAGGUCCAUGGAUUCUCACAGACCCAGUUUAUAUCAGCUGCAGAUGGAGACAGAAAGACAAUCAGGGUACAAAACCAUUCAGAGAGGCUUGAGAAGAGACUCCGAGAGGAUGAGUAG